GACCAAAUUCACGUCAUAUGUUGACACAUGGCAUCACCCCAUUGGUUUGUCUCUGUUUGAGGAAACCACGCACCUACUCUUUCCCUCUCUCCGAAGGAGGAGAGAGAGAGUGAGAAGAAGAAGCCAUGAACAGAAGAACCAAGUUGCUCGUUCAUACCCUUUUGUUCCUCUUCGUCCUAAACUCCCUCUCUCUCUUCCUCUACUUCAACCACAAACCCUCUUCUUCUUCACAACUCAAAAAACCUAACACUCACACUUAUCUCACACCACUUUCCCACCAAACGCACUUCUCAAAGCCAUGGCCGAAUCUCCCCUCCUACCUCCCGUGGUCGCAGGGCCCCACCACGGCCCCUCCCCGCUCCUGCGAGGCCUACUUCGGCAACGGAUUCACGCGCCGCCGCGAGCUCCUCCGCCCCCGCGCCGGCGCGGGCUGGUUCCGGUGCCGCCACAGCGACACGCUCCGGAGCUCCGUGUGCGAGGGCGGGAGGCUCCGCAUGGUGCCGGAGAGGAUCGCCAUGGCCAAGGGAGGGGAGCCUCUCACGGCGGUGAUGGGGCGGAGGGAGGGCGAGGAGCUUCCCCGGUUUCAAAACGGUGCGUUUGAGGUUGACGGCGGUGAAGUCAUCGUUGACCGGGAGCUUCUGGUUGACCAAAAGUUUUUGGAUGAGUAUGUGCCGAGGGGAGGGAUCGAUGGGCACACCAUGCGGGACUUGAUAGCCAAGAUACGGAUCGUGAGAGGGAAGGAUUUUCAAUGUGAUGAGUGGAUUGAGGAACCUGCACUUCUGGUGACACGUUUUGAGUAUGCUAAUCUUUUUCACACUGUUACAGACUGGUACAGUGCUUAUGUUUCUUCUAGAGUCACUGGUCUGCCUAAUCGACCACAUUUGAUCUUUGUUGACGGCCACAGCAAGGCUCCUCUUGAAGAGACAUGGGAAGCUUUAUUCUCAAGCCUCAGAUAUGCUAAAAACUUCAGUGGUUCAGUUUGUUUUCGUCAUGCUAUUCUCUCACCUUUGGGAUAUGAGACAGCAUUGUUUAAAGGACUAACAGAAGAUAUAGAUUGUUAUGGAGCUCCUGCUCAAGAACUACGGCAAAACCCCGAUGACCACAAAACUGCACGCCUUUCUGAGUUUGGAGAAAUGAUCAGAGCAGCAUUUGGGCUACCUUUUAAUUUAUUCCGUGGUGGAAAACCACUCUUUGGACACAAUGUCCUCUUUGUUCGUCGUGAAGAUUAUUUAGCUCAUCCACGUCAUGGUGGUAAAGUUGAAUCACGACUAAGUAAUGAGCAAGAAGUAUUUGACUCAUUGAAGAGCUGGGCAUCUAAUUAUAAAGGAUGUAAAAUUAACCUUGUCAAUGGAUUGUUUGCGCACAUGUCUUUGAAGGAUCAGGUACAAGCCAUUCAAGAUGCAUCAGUCAUCAUUGGCGCCCAUGGUGCUGGUCUUACUCAUAUAGUAUCUGCAUUGCCUAAAACUGUGAUUCUGGAGAUCAUUAGCAGCUAUUUCAGACGACCCCAUUUUGCAUAUAUUUCGCGGUGGAAAGGGUUAGAGUAUCAUGCAAUCAACCUUGCUGGAUCACAUGCUGAUACUGGAACCGUGAUCAAAGAGCUGGUUGACAUAAUGAAAGGCCUUGGAUGUUGAGUGUUUUGGGGUUGAAAGGGUUGAUAUCCGAGCUUUUGUAGUGGAAUGGAAGGUGAUCUUUAAUUUUCUGAUUCACAUCUCAUAUGUGUCUUGCAAUGUUUUACCUUUAAUUGCAGCCAGUUUGGUUACUACCAUGUGAUUCAAAGAUGCUGAUAUCUUGUUGGAGCAGAAAUAGCAUUACUUUCUAAGCUGAAUUUAACUUAACAAUUCUACAAUACCCUUGAAGGUGCAGAAUCAAAGCCAUAAGACAAAGGUCCAUUUGUCUUGAUUUAUAUAGCAUGAUGGAAUGAUAGUAGCUGGCACAGUAUCUAGCAUCUUUCAGUGGAUUUUGUUUCCUUCACCUUCACUUGCUCUUUGUCCCACGUUGUAUACCGAAGUAGGGUCUCAAUUUUUUUGUUUGUACAUUGAUUUUUCCCACUUAAAUGGCUUUGUUGUACAAUAGGUUUUCCAUUAGCUCAUUUUUUUGUCUGACUAAUUUUGACACAGGUAUUAUGUUACUUAAUAUUUAGGUAAUACAUACAAAUCGCAUUUAUGAGUUGAGUUUUGGCUGACA